AUGGAUUGCACGUUUACGUCCAUUGACGUUCAAUUCAAUGAGCAAAUUUUUCCGUUUGCCAAUACUCAACCCAAGCCCAUUUCUCCUCCAACUCACACGGAUCUCUCUCUUUUUCACUCAAAUCCUUCUCCAACUGAAUCUAUACCCACUUCCUCCUCUCCAUCUAUCUUAGGCCCACCUCCAUCAUCCUCUACCUCUCACUCAUCUCCUUCAUCAUCUUCAUCACCUAGCACACAGGACUCUCGUUCAUUUGCUACGCCGCAGCCUGCACAUCCAAUGAUCACAAGGUCCCGCACCAAUGCUCUCCGUCCGCGUCAGUACACCGAUGGAACGAUCAAGUGGCCGCCUCCUCGUGCUCUAAUUUCCAUCUCCUCUGAUAUUCCAGAGACACCAACCUGCUAUACGAUUGCUCAGCAGCAUCAUGAAUGGUUACAUAAAGCUCUCUAUGGCCUCCGGCAGUCCCCACGUGCAUGGUACUCCCGCCUAAGUAACCGCCUGGUUGAUCUUGGUUUUAAUAUCUCUACUGCUGAUCCUUCUCUGUUUCUGCGCACCACCUCACACAGCAAGAUAUGUGUCCUUGUGUACGUGGAUGACCUGUUAAUAACAGGAUCCUCAAUUCAGCAAAUAUCUGAUCUUGUUACAGCUUUGCGAUGUGAUUUUCCUAUCACGGAUCUUGGUGUUUUACGGUACUUUCUGGGUGUUGAAGUUACAUUGAAUUCCAAAGGAUUACUUCUUACAUAG